CACACAUAGCCAACAACAUAACAACAAACGCCAAACGCAUCGGUUGAGCGCGGGCGCGCGGCUGCCUGGUCUACUUGGCCAACGACCCAGUCUUAGUUUUUCGCGCGUCAUCGGCCAGUGGCUGUGUGUGGUGUGGUGUGGUCUGGUGUGGUGUAUAGGCCACUGUGACUAAGUGAACUCCACCAGAACUGAACGGACCGCAGGCGAGGAAAGCCGAUUACCGAAUAUAUAUAUAUAUAAUUGUGCUGGAUUUCCGCUUCUUCUACUCGUCUUGACUGUGAGAUCGCCCGGGAGUUAAUUGAUUAAUAAUGUAUUUUUCAUAAUUUUAUAAUGAAUUCGUAUUGUUUUAGCGACUACUUGUUGUGGUUUGUGAUGUUUACGCGUGAAAGUUCUGGUUGGAUAACUUUGGCAGGUAGAAAAGGAUGUGAAAAACAGGAUUUUUAUUGACACUAGCUAGAUGUGGCUGUUCAUCUUGACUAUCUACUUAAGUGGACAAGUGUUUUGAUGUAGUUUGUGAACUCUGACUCGGAACUGAUUUGUGCAAAAGGACAGUGUAUUUAUUCAUCGAUAGAGAGGAUUUCUCUUUCACGAGUAACAUAGACCUUUAUGACUGUUGCCAGACCACGUUCAACUAUGGCGUGUGUUAUUUUGUGGCCUUAGCGCGUGAUGUUUUGGAGACAAUGAUGUGUUGAUAAUUGUUGAAGUUCCGUGGAGUAAACCGUUCUACUGACACUAAGUGAGCUGUACUGCGCGUGAACUCACGAUGGAUGAGACGUGUUUUAUGGACGACAAGGUGAACUCGAACCUGCCCCCAGCCCUCAACUCGUCUCUCUGCGGACCGGACGAGUGUGGCAACAGCAUAGAUUGCUGUUCUCAGCAACCACAGGGCUUGCCUCCUUCUUCUUCUCCUCCUCCUCUCGGGUCAAAGGUCAAUCGUAAUGACCUGAACUCACCACCGCCUUCUUCUUCUACUCUUCCUCCGACGUCUUCCCUGUCUUCUUCUUCUUUCUCCGCCCCCACCACGACGGACAUGACCGCUAACAAGCCAGGAUAUUGCGGGAAGUGCGGAGGUCGGAGGUCAGAGUCACCCCCGGCUUUCAUCUGUCCCUGGAGUAAGGCACGCUUCUGGCGACUCCCGCCCGGUGUUGACCAGUUGGCCACAGACAGACAGAACGAGGCGCCGCCGUCGUCAAAGACCCUCCUCCCACCACACGGCCGCCACCCCCCGUCAGAGUCCAACCAACUCCAGCAGCAGCACACAGCACAGUCUAGUCGAGCCUCGUCCCCCUCCUCCACCUCCACAUCCAGAAGCGUCUCCCCGGACCCGAAGAAGCCUUCCUCGUCUGCUUCUCCUCCCUCCUCCCCCACCAGAACUCGAACGGUGGACCCCACCGCACAUUCGACGGAGAAGGCUUUUUCGUCCACGUCCCCUGCUAAGACUUUGAGUACCCCCGCUGCCAAAGGGAGAAAUGGCGCCCCGAAGACACAGCGGGAGAGAUCCUUGGGGAGAUCUGGAAAGACGUCCAGGGUGGUCGACUGCCUGUGUUCUCCAGACGCGUCCCCUCCGCUAGAACAGUCUGGCUCACGAUCACCGGCCUAUGCCAGGCGUGGACUCUCUGCGUCCUCAUUGGCCACGGCUUCCAACGGGAACAGAACAAACGGGUUUUUCCCUCACUCUUCAACGGGCGAAGAUUCCCCGUCAGUGGUCGUAACCCCACCGCCACGCUUUGUCUCGACGCCAGUGUCUUCAUCGCCGUUUCGCCAACCAUCGUCACUACCGCUUGUCCAGUCGUCUUUCGCCUCGGGUGAGAUUUCCGUGUUCGAUCGCAGCGAACGUGACGAACUGCGCUCUCCGUCUUUCAUGGGGUUCGGACUUUCUGACCGAGCGUCGCCUUCACGACGAGGCGAGCGGCGUAACGACGCCGGUGAUCUUGGUCGGUCAAGUUCUACGCCAAACCCUGGCGUCUCGUACCCGUCGCCGGGACUGCGUUCCGUGGAUUCUUUCAGAGCAGACCUCUAUCUGUUGGAGUGUUACAACGAACACGGGCAGCAGUGGUCGCGGCCGGCGGAGACCCGUGAUCUGAGCUCUUCGCCGGCAUCCACUUCUUUUCUCCCGAACAGUCCACCUAAUCAUCACCACGAUCAUCAAAAUCCUCACCCUCAUUCUGACCUUGAUAAGACUGCCCCUACCUGUAGCCCUACAUCCCAACCGUACCAACCAGUGGGAGACGACUUCUGGACCAAUCACCACCAACAACAACGAAGCGCGUCUCAGAUGAGCCGACACCACUCCCAAGGGAGACCAAUCUUCACCGGGGACAUCCACAGCCCGCGCUCCCACUCCGCCAGAUGCUACUACUCCGAGACAGAAGACGCCGGCAGUGAUGAUGGCGAAGACCAGCUGGACGCCACGCUAGCGCAACAGCAGCGUCGACCACGAAGCAAAUCCAAUCGCGAGCAGAAUCAGAAGAACAACCGACGCGGACGAGGGGCCAUCAAACUACGGUACUCCCGCUUCGACACGGACUACUUCCCACCCUCUCUGGGAGCGAAAAGUCCUCGUGACGACAGCAGUUCCAGCCCUCUCGGACCGAUCAGACCUCGCGACGGCCUCAGUGGCAAGCCACGACAUGAACCCACCGCCUGGGACACGACGGAGGGGCGGAUGGAUGAGGACGAAGACGGAGACAACGACGACGAGCCGAUGGAUGAUGAUGAUGAUGAUGCGGCAUCGGCGGCGUUGUCAGCGCCCGGGUGUGCGUCAGGCGGCGGGGGAGCGGCGGAGCUGGAGGGCGUGCCGCCGGAGCUCCUGUGUGAGCUGCACGCGCUGGGACACGAGAACGAGGACCUGUCCGCGGAUGUGGUCUACGCGCUGCACGCGCACAAGUUUGAGAUCAAGGAGCUACUCGGGAAAGGAAUCAGCAGCACUGUCCGGCGCGUCACGGAGAAGACCACCAGUAUCGAGUACGCUGUGAAGAUAAUCGACAUCUCUGGGGAGAAGGGCGAGGGCCUGCAGGUCGAGCAGACCAAGAAGGACACCUACAGGGAGAUUCGAAUACUGCGCAUGUGCGGCGAACAUCCCAAUAUCACUGCAAGAAAGGCGAGCUGUUUGACUACUUGACGUCGGUCGUGUCUCUGUCUGAGAAGAGAACGAGAAUAUUCAUGCGACAGCUUAUAGAAGCAGUAGCCUUUCUACACGAUAAGGACAUUGUACAUAGAGAUCUUAAACCUGAGAACAUUCUCCUAGAUGACAAUCUCAACAUCAAAGUCUCCGACUUUGGCUUUGCCACCGUGGUGGAGGAUGGAGAGGAACUUGUCGAGUUGUGUGGGACACCAGGCUACCUGGCCCCGGAAGUGCUCGCUCACUCCAUGUACGAAAACGUCUCCGGUUACGGCAAAGAAGUCGACAUGUGGGCCUGUGGAGUGAUCAUGUAUACGCUGUUAUGUGGAGCCCCUCCAUUCUGGAACCGGCGCCAGAUGAUGAUGCUCCGCGCCAUCAUGAACGCCGACUACACGUUCAACAGUCCAGAAUGGGACGACAUCUCGGACCCACCUAAAAACUUGAUCCAGAAGUUGCUAGUUGUGAAUCCAGAGAAGCGUCUGACAGCCCACGAGGCGUUGGCACAUCCGUUCUUCCAGAGCCAGGUUCAAGAGCCCAAGAAAUUCCCAGCCAUCCGCAAGUUUAGGUCUGCUGUGUUUUGUGUCAUCUUCUACUUGCGGCUCAACUUCUACUACAAGCACCCUCCGCCCAUCUCCAUGGACACACUGCGCACCAACCCUUACAGCAUCAAAGUCCUGCGCAAGGUCAUCGACACGUGUGCCUUUGGCAUGUACAAGCACUGGGUGAAGCGUGUCGACAACCAGAACCGUGCCGCGCUGUUUGAGCACACGCUACGCGACGACUGGAAGCUCAAGCUCAUGAUGGUGGAUGGGGUGAAGCACUGAUGAUCACCGUCAGUGUCUCCCCUGUCUCUCUCUCACUUACUCGCUAGCUCUCACUCUCUACCACCCCUGUGCUGCUGUUUAGGUUGUUCAAAAGUCUUCAUUUUUUAUACCGCUAUGCAUUCGUUUUUGUAAGUAGGUAUUGUUUUUAAGCUUUUUUUUUUUUUUAGGGGGUUCUAAUUUCAUCAGCAUUUGAUAUCAUGGUUGUUUGUUGUAUGUUAUGUUUUAGACCUUCAGUUACUCAGGUCUUUUAGGAGGUAGGCUGCUUCUUUGCCCCUGCCUGUUAGUCGCCAAUUCCCCCCUCCCACUCCCCCAUCCCCGGCUAGUGCAAUACCUAAGCACUUCGCCCCAGACACCCCAGUUUGAUGUCAUCUGUACCGAAAUGUACAUGUGAUUUUUUCCAUAAGUGUAAAGUCUCUCCCUUUUUUCCUCCUUUCUCGGGCUGAGAAUUGGGCACAGUUCCCUGAUAGGUAGUUGGUGGAUGCUUUGAUGUGUUGUGCUCCUUUUUUCCUAUCGAACACCUAUCGUCGGUUUUUCCUCUCCUUCUUUGUGUUUGUUACUCUUUUGCAACUCCUGUAAUCUUCGCUACUUAUAUGAUCUAAUCGCGUUGCCAGUGCUGCAUAACUCUUACAAAAGCUAAAUAUAAAAACAGUUCCCCGCUCUUGAAAUUACCUGUUUGUGUAUAGAAGGAAA